AUGUUUCUCUAUCUCUUCACUCUCUCUCUAUUCCACUCUCUCUCUCUCUCUAUUCCACUCUCUCUCUCUUUCUCUGUCUCUUUCUCUCUCAUUCUAUUUAACUAUCUCUUUUUCUCAGACUCUUUUUAUCUUUCUUUUUCUUACUUCUGUAUCUUCUUUUACUGUAUCUUCUCUUUAAUCAGGAAUUCUUUCUCUCUCGUCUUAUUUCUUUUGUCUCCUCCUGUUCGCCCUCACUCUUUUAGUCUUUCUCUUUUCUCUAUCUCCGUCUUUCGUUCGCUUUCUCUUUUUCUUUACUUUCUGAUUCUUUUUUUACGUAUCCUACUUCAGGGAUACUCUCUCUCUCUCUCUCUCUCUCUCUCUCUCUCUCUCUCUCUCUCUCUCUCUCUGUAUGCUCUAAUUUUUCUUUUUUCCUCACUUUUCUUUAUUUCUCUCUUUCUAUUUCUCUCUUUCUAUUUCUCUCUCUCUCUCUCUCUCCCUCUUUCUGUCUUACUCUUUUCUCUCUAA